AUGUAAUAAAAAGAACCUAAACUUUGCAAAAAGUGUAAAACAAACAAACCAAGCAUUAUCAUACAAAAAGACCCUGUUUGUUAAGAAUGCUUUAUUGGAUAUGUUGAACAUAUGUUUAAAAUGUCUCUAAGACUUAAGUGUAAUAUAACACAAAAAAAUGAAAAAUUAUUGAUUUGCUUCUCUGGUGGAUAGUAUAUAUUUCCCCAUUUAUUUUAGGAAUUCUACAGCCUUAGUCAAAAUGACUAGUGAUGUUGUCUAUUCUACUUGUGCUCACAAUAAAAGUAAAAUGUUUAUAUAAGCUCAUGUUUUGUACAUAAAUGAAAGUUUUAUUAUGAAAGAAUUUAUAUAAGAAUAUGUAAUUAUUUAUAUAUAUAUUCUUUAGCAACCCUAAGAUUACAUUCCUUUUCUAACCAAUGAAUGUAAAUUACCCUUCCAAACUAUUGAUAUUCAAUCUAUCUACCCAGAUCCUUAUGUUUUACUUUAAUAACUUCAUAAUUUAUCAGAAUUUGGAUCUUCAAGAGAAGAUUUUGUUCGCUUAAUUAAAUUACACAUCAUUUAUGAUUAUGCCAUUAAAAAUGGAUUUUAAAAUGUAAUUCUUAAUCAUACUCUAGAUCUGCUUUGGUUAAAAUGGGUAAAGAUUGGCAGCAGAUCUAUUUUCUUAAUUAUCUAAAGGAAGAGGAUUAAGUUUAUAAUCAGCCACUAAAUAUAAUUAUUCAUUCGUCUAUCCUAUCAACCAAAAUAAAUUAUAAAUCUUACAUCCUCUUAAAGAUUUACUCAAUAAAGAUAUUUUAUAUUAUCUUAGAUUAAAAUCUAACAUCAAUUUUCCAAACUUUAUCUUAGGAUAACAUUUAAGCCAUGCUGUGAAAAAUGUAAUAAUAUCUUCUAAGUAAAUUAUAUUAGAAACCAGCCAAUGGAAAUAUUGAUCAUUUACUUGAAUAAUUUAUUGAUAAAUUAUAGGAAGGUUUUCCCUCCACAACAUUUACUGUUUUAAGCUCAGCAGACAAAAUAACCCUCAAACCUCUUUUGUAAUAGAAUUAUUGUCCUUUAUGCUUAGAAAUCAGAGAUCAAGUUUAUAAUCGUCUUGAAGUAGAAACUUUAGAUAAUUCAAAUUAAGUAAGAAUAUCUAAAUAAAAAUUUAGCAAUUAAUCAAUCAUUUAAGAAAUAACACUAAAUAUUAUAAUAAAAUUUGUUUCACUUGUAAUAGGAUGCUGUAGUCAGCUCGAGAACUAGAGAAAUUUUACAAUUUAUAAGGAUUUCCUCCUUUAAUUAUUUAACUGGCAGAUUUAAUAUAAUGA